GUUCCACUGGAGUUUUGUUCGUGUGAAGGGGGCUUACAGAGAAUCAGGCGCUGUUGGCGGAGAUGAAAUCCCCCACGGUGCCCGUCUUUGCCUCUGUGCGCUGUAACGAUUGCUGAUAAAGUCCUCCGCUUUGAAAUGGGCACCGGGAUUCCUCAAAAUAACCGCAACAGGCAGGUGAGGUCUUCGGUGCCUGCAGCAAACGGACAUAAGCAACCAGUUUUCGAUAGCUUUUAAUAUCCGCGUCUCCACUGAGGAAUUCCCCGACUUUAGAGGAAGCUUUAGAUCAACUCGGCAGGUAGCACGCAGCAUCAGAAUCAGAGGACAUGGGGAGCGAGUUGGAUCGCGCACUGGGAGCAAGGACAUCGCCCAGGAGCAAAACACAAGAGGCGCUCUUCAUGCGAUCAUGAAUCAUUUUCUUUCCUUUAACUGAACAUUGACAUUUUUGGGGUGCAAGGACGCCGAUGUUGAGGAGAACCCGUCCAUUCAUCGGCCGCAGCGCGUCAGCUUUGCGCUGACGGAAACAUCACUCCCUCAGUUUAACUUGGAUUCACUUUCUGGGUUUGUAAUUCUUAAGUUUUUGGACAAGACUGGAUAGGAGGAGGAGGACAGAAAUCAGAGGAGGCACGUGGCGGACAGUUUUACAGAUUCAGAUGUGCGUCCUGUUUAAUUUUUCCUGCUCCUAAACAGCCAAAGACUCCAUCUCUCCAUAAUCCAGAAUCGGGUAAAAUGAUGGAGAAGAGGAUAAAUGGAAUUCCUGUGAGCGUUGGGAUGUUCCUCAAAUAUUUGCUCUGGAUUUGAGAGGACGUAGUUGAGGGAAAUCAACCCUAUCCAGCGGAGACGCAACACUGGCUCUGGAGAAACAAGGGGAGACGAUUUUUUUUAUUUUUGAAAAAGUGGAGCUCAUGUUUUAAGGAAUACUUGGCUUUUUCUGAAAGAAAGAAAAACAAUUCUCCCCAAACAAGAGUGGACGUGUUCGUUCUUUGAUGUCUGAAAAGAUUGUUGGGCGGCCAUGACAAGCGAGGAGGAGGAGGGCCCUGGUGUUGCAACAUCCACAACAGUAUCAUCACCGUCAGCGGCAACAAUCUCCAGGGUAACAACGGCCAUAGGCAGGGGCAGUCGCAAUGGUGCUUCCUCCUCACCCCUCUGCAGGCCCUCCCCUUACUCCCGCACAUGUCCCAUGGAAUUGGAGGCAGAGAAGGAAGAGGUAGAAAAUGAAGGGAUUAUUCGAGAAGAGAAGAUUGAGGAGGAAGAAAAGGAGCAAGAGAUGGCAGAGGAAGAAGAGGAGGAAUGUGAGAGGGAUGGUGAUAAGGAGGAUGGGAGCAGUAACGCCAGUGUGUUGGUUGUACCCUAUCCUGAGCUGGUACCUGUGGUCUUCUUCUGCCUUAAACAGACGACUUGUCCCCGCAGCUUGUGCAUCCGUAUGGUCACCAGUCCCUGGUUCGAACGUGUGAGCAUGAUGGUAAUCCUGCUGAACUGCGUGACCCUGGGGAUGUACCAGCCUUGUGAGAACAUCGACUGCUCUUCAGACCGCUGCCAAAUUCUACAGGCCUUUGAUGCAUUCAUCUACAUCUUCUUCGCUCUGGAGAUGGUUAUAAAGAUGGUCGCUUUGGGGAUUUUUGGUCGACGCUGUUACCUCGGAGACACGUGGAACAGGCUGGAUUUCUUUAUCGUCAUGGCAGGGAUGGUUGAAUACUCUCUGGACCUGCAGAACAUCAACUUCACUGCUAUCAGAACCGUGAGGGUGCUGCGGCCUCUCAAAGCAAUUAACAGAGUGCCAAGCAUGCGCAUCCUGGUAAACCUGCUGCUCGACACACUGCCCAUGCUGGGUAAUGUGCUCCUCCUCUGCUUCUUUGUAUUCUUUAUCUUUGGCAUCAUCGGGGUGCAGCUGUGGGCGGGGCUACUGAGAAAUCGCUGCUACCCCGAGGAGAACUUUACACGGAAUAAUGGUUUAAGCCUCCCUCGGCCGUAUUAUAUGGCUGAUGAGGAUGAUGAGCGGCCCUUCAUCUGCUCUCUACCUGUCGACAAUGGCAUCAUGUCCUGUUUGGAUGUCCCAGCUCGACGUGAAGGAGGACGAGCAUGCUGCCUGGAUAAGGAGGACGUGCUGUAUCGCCAGUCACUUGGCCUGAGCCCUGAACCUUUGUCCAAUGGCAGCAACAGUGUUGCUGGUCUGUGUGUCAACUGGAACCAGUACUAUACAAGAUGUCAUACUGGAAGCACUAACCCACACAAAGGAGCAAUCAACUUUGAUAACAUCGCCUAUGCCUGGAUUGUCAUCUUUCAGGUGAUCACUCUGGAAGGCUGGGUGGAGAUCAUGUACUAUGUCAUGGACGCCCACUCUUUCUAUAACUUCAUCUACUUCAUCCUGCUGAUUAUAGUUGGUUCCUUCUUCAUGAUCAAUCUGUGCCUCGUGGUCAUUGCAACCCAGUUCUCAGAGACUAAGCAGCGGGAGCAUCAGCUGAUGCAGGAGCAACGAGCUCAGUGUUCGUCCUCUUCAACGUUGGCUAGCGAACCAGGAGAUUGCUAUGAAGAGCUCUUCCAACUGGUGUGCCACUUCCUUCGUAAGGCCAAGAGACAAACCAUUGCCUUUUUUUAUACAUUGAGAGGUAAACCCCGAGGCUUUCGUGGUGUUGGGAGAGGAAGAGGAGGAGGAGAGGUGAGAGAGAGGAAGGCAAAUGGAAGGGGAGGACGUGAGAGACCAGUAUUGAGGUCUGGUCCCCCAUGUGCUCAUCAUAAUAAACCAGAUUCCAACUCACCAGCUGAGCCUAUGGCCCUCGCUGCCACCUCUGCCACAGAUCGCUGCCCUCAGAGUGCUUCAACACUGGCUCUCAGAGAUGGUGUCGGAAAUGUUCGCAGCAUGACCAGUAAUGAAGCUGAAGGGGCAACCAUGGAGGAGACGGACAGAGAGGAUGAAAAGUCUGGGAGUAGAAAGAAUGACAAGAAAGGACAUAAAAGUACAAUGAGCCAUGGGGGCUGUAGUCUUAAGACGGGAUGUAAGCAGCUAUGGCACAAGAUAAGGAUGAAGCUGUGGGGCAUUGUAGAGAGCAAGUACUUCAACCGAGGAAUCAUGAUCGCCAUUCUGAUCAAUACUAUCAGCAUGGGCAUCGAGCACCAUGAGCAGCCUGAUGAACUGACAAAUGUUCUGGAGAUUUGCAACAUCGUCUUCACCAGCAUGUUCUCUUUGGAGAUGAUCCUCAAGCUCACAGCGUUCGGGUCUUUCAGCUACUUGAGGAACCCCUACAACGUCUUUGAUGGGGUAAUUGUCAUCAUAAGCGUUUGCGAGAUUGUUGGUCAGUCAGACGGUGGUUUGUCUGUGCUGAGGACAUUCAGGUUGCUGAGAGUGCUGAAGCUGGUCCGGUUCAUGCCAGCUCUCAGGAGACAACUGGUAGUCCUGAUGAAGACUAUGGACAACGUGGCCACUUUCUGCAUGUUACUCAUGCUCUUCAUUUUCAUCUUUAGUAUCCUCGGAAUGCACAUCUUUGGCUGUAAGUUCAGUCUGAAGACAGACACUGGGGACACCGUGCCCGACAGGAAGAAUUUUGACUCACUGCUUUGGGCUAUCGUCACCGUUUUCCAGAUUCUGACCCAGGAGGACUGGAAUGCAGUUUUGUACAACGGCAUGGCAGCCACCUCGCCACUUGCUGCUCUUUACUUUGUGGCACUCAUGACUUUUGGAAAUUAUGUUCUCUUCAACUUGCUGGUGGCCAUCUUGGUUGAAGGAUUUCAGGCAGAGGGUGAUGCCAACCGCUCUUAUUCUGAUGACGACCACUCGUCUUCAAACUUUGACGAGAGCGAGAAACCCGAUUCCAUAAAGCUGUCGGACCCACGGAUCUGUACUCUAACACCGAAUGGCCACCUGGAGCUCGGGGCCCUCUCCGGGCCCAGGGGAUCGUACUCCUCGGAAAAGCGAAGCAUCACCAACGAGUCUAGAAAGAGCAGCCUGGAGAGACGCUCUCUUUCUCUGCGCCAUGGUCGCAGUUCUAACUACCACAACUGGGGGCGACCUUUUCCUCCGCAGUCCGGCUGGAGUCGCAGGUCGAGCUCCAACAGCCUCGGUCGGAGGAGUUACGGUUUUGGUGGGGCUCCUCCGGUUGGAGGCAGCCUUCGUGUGCGCAGCUCCCAUUCCCCCAACUCCUACAACUAUGCCUCAGAGCAGGAGUCCCUUCUGUCUCACCCUCACAACUCCCAUUAUCCUCUGCAUGCUCACCAUCCACCCCCACCCCCACAUUUCUUCUCCAAACACUUUGGUCCAAGAAGGGACCGACGGGCUCUUUCUCUGGAGCUACCAGAGUUGCUCCGGACAGGAGGUCCAGCCACGGGACAGCCACCUGUCCAGACUCAUGAGCCAGGAAGAAGAAGUGGAUCUGGCACAGGUGGUUCCACUACAGGAGGAUCUGUGACGGGUAGUGGUUUUGGAGUGGAUCAUCGUGACUGCAACGGGAAGGCAUCGGGUCCCCACACUCACCUGAUAGCUGAUGUUUUCCCUCAAGUCAAUGCACGCAAAGACAGAGCAGACCUUGAUGAAGAAACAGACUAUAGUUGGUGCUUCCGGAUCCAGAAGAUGAUGGAAGUGUACAAGCCAGACUGGUGUGAGUCCAGAGAGGACUGGUCUGUCUACAUGUUCUCCCCUCAAAACAAGUUCAGACUUCUCUGUCAGUCCAUUAUAGCUCAUAAGCUCUUUGACUACGUGGUUCUGGUCUUUAUCUUCCUCAACUGCAUCACCGUAGCUCUGGAGAGGCCCAGGAUUCUGCAGGGCAGCCUGGAAAGGUUGUUUCUCACCAUAUCCAACUACAUCUUUACGGCCAUCUUCGUGGCAGAGAUGACCGUCAAGGUGGUAUCCAUGGGUCUGUACCUGGGGGAGAGGGCCUAUCUGAGGAGCAGCUGGAACAUUCUGGAUGGUUUCCUGGUCUUUGUGUCUCUGAUUGAUAUUGUGGUCUCAAUGGCGGGAGGGGCUAAGAUCCUGGGAGUCCUACGAGUCCUCAGGCUGCUCAGGACUCUCCGUCCUCUCAGGGUGAUCAGCAGGGCUCCGGGGCUGAAGCUGGUGGUUGAGACGCUGAUCACUUCCCUCAAACCCAUUGGAAACAUCGUCCUCAUCUGCUGCGCCUUUUUUAUCAUCUUUGGCAUUCUUGGUGUUCAGCUCUUCAAAGGCAAGUUCUACUACUGUGUGGGUUUCGAUGUGAAGAACAUCACUAAUAAAUCGGACUGCCUGGCUGCCAACUACCGAUGGGUUCAUCACAAAUACAACUUUGACAACCUUGGACAGGCUCUUAUGUCCCUAUUUGUGCUCGCAUCAAAAGAUGGUUGGGUGAACAUUAUGUAUCACGGACUGGAUGCAGUGGGAAUAGACCAGCAGCCGGUGACCAACAAUAAUCCGUGGAUGCUGCUCUACUUCAUCUCCUUCCUCCUGAUCGUCAGCUUUUUUGUGCUGAACAUGUUUGUGGGCGUGGUGGUGGAGAAUUUCCACAAGUGUCGGCAGCACCAAGAGGUGGAGGAAGCGAGGCGAAGAGAAGAAAAACGCCAGCGCCGCAUGGAAAAGAAGAGGAGAAAGGCCCAAAAGCUGCCAUACUAUGCUUCCUAUGGUAGCACCCGCCUGGCCAUCCACACUCUGUGCACCAGCCACUACCUGGACCUUGUAAUCACCUUCAUCAUCUGCAUCAAUGUGAUCACUAUGUCACUGGAGCACUACAGUCAGCCACAGUCUCUGGAGACUGCACUGAAAUACUGUAACUACUUCUUCACCUCCACCUUUGUGAUUGAGGCAUCUUUGAAGCUGGUGGCUUUUGGCUUUCGACGCUUCUUCAAGGACAGGUGGAAUCAGCUGGACUUGGCCAUAGUGCUGCUGUCUGUAAUGGGAAUCACUCUGGAAGAAAUUGAGAUCAACGCAUCCCUACCCAUCAAUCCCACCAUCAUCAGGAUUAUGAGGGUGCUCAGGAUAGCACGAGUGUUAAAGUUAUUGAAAAUGGCAACAGGGAUGAGAGCUCUGCUGGACACGGUGGUCCAGGCUCUGCCUCAGGUGGGAAACUUGGGCCUCCUGUUCAUGCUGCUGUUUUUCAUCUAUGCAGCUCUGGGAGUGGAGCUUUUUGGCGAGUUAGUGUGCAACGCUGACUACCCCUGUGAGGGAAUGAGCCGCCAUGCUACAUUUGAAAACUUUGGGAUGGCCUUUCUCACACUCUUUCAAGUUUCAACAGGUGACAACUGGAAUGGCAUCAUGAAGGACACUUUGAGGGAAUGCCCACCAGGUCGUCCCGGUGGCGACUAUGGCUGCCACGCUGGACUCCAGUUCAUCUCUCCAAUGUAUUUUGUGUCUUUCGUGCUCACAGCACAGUUUGUUCUGAUAAAUGUUGUGGUCGCUGUUCUCAUGAAACACCUGGAUGAUUCCAACAAAGAAGCGCAGGAGGAUGCAGAGAUGGAUGCAGAAAUUGAACUGGAACUGGCUCAGGGAGGCCUCUGCUGCAUGAUGGGAGGAAUUGGGGCCAUAGCUGGGGCCACUGGUAGCGCUGCAGCGGGGAUGGGCAUGGGCCCUUCAGCACCUGGCGUAAUUACAGCAGGGUCGGUCGGAGGUCUGAGUGCAACGAUGAUGGCACCUCUAAGAGACGGAGCAGGGGGAGGAGCUUCAGUUCACGAGGGGCACGCACACCAUCGCUGUCGGCUUUACUCUCCUGCUCAGGAGAGCCAGUGGCUGGACAGUGUGUCUCUGCUGAUUAAAGACUCGUUGGAAGGAGACAUGAUUGACAACCUCUCUGGAUCCAUUUUUCAUCAUUACUGCUCCUCUCCAGUCUGCAAGGACUGCAAGAGUCACCCACAAGAGAUUCGAUUGGCAGAGGUGGAGCAGGCGUCCCUGAUGUCAGAGCAGCUGUCAGACAAAUCCUCAUCUCCAGCUCUGCCUGAUGACCUCAGCCUGGAUGAACACAGCAGCUACCAGCUGCUUGUCAGAGACAGUCAGAGGGGCAGCAGUGAUUCCCACAGUUCAGAGGAGUUGCCCACUCAGCGAGACUACAGUGCGCUUCCUCCCUCCAGCUCAGGAAGUGAUGGUGGUGUUCAGGAGUUGUUGGAGAUGAAUCCUCCCUCGCUGGAACAGCUAAGCUCUGAAGAUGGCGACAGAAGAAAACUCAGUGGGGUCCCUUCACCCAUGUUUCAUCUACCUGCUGAAUUCUUCCACCCAGCUGCUGCAGCCCAUUCAGAGGGCCACAGUGACAGGAUGAGCCCAAGAGAGGGAGACUCCUUCGGGGUGGCCUCUCUUGCCUCUUGGGCCUCGCUCCGCUCACCUGGAGCUCACAGCAGGCCUCUGAGCCCUCAGCACACGUCCCACAGUGACCUGUCCCUGGCCACAGGCAGUUCAGAGGGCAGCCUGGAGACCACUCUGGUAGAAGGACUUGGCUUUAGGGUCUCUCCACCUCUGGAUCCCCCCAUACCCCUCCUCUGCCCUGUUCCUAGCCUUCCAUCGCACUCACGGGGAACAACCAGACAGAUCCAGAGUCAGUUUUUGCUCAAGAGACGGAGUUCUGCUCUUACACUCCAAGCCACUAGGAGGCGACAGAGAAGUGAGAGCAGCAUCGAAGGUGGAGGCAGUUGGUCUGGCUGCUCCCAGCAGGACUCAAAGCACCUUUCAGAUGAGGAGAUGGGUCUGAAAACAGAUAGGGACAGUUGCCACUUCAACAGCAAACACCUAUCAGAAACAUUAAACAGUCUCUCUCUGACGUCGCUACUCACCUCUGGGUCCUUAGCACCCACAACGAUGAAGAAAUGUAACAGCACAGGCUCUCUUAACCAGUCAAACCUCUCUGCUUGGAGUAAAGAUGGCCGUCAGUUCUACGGCGUUGACCCACACGGCUUCUUGUCGAACCCCUGGGCUGAGGGAGGGGCAGGAGGUGCACAAAAAGAUGAUCUGACCAGCUUGAGCAUGAAAAGCAGCAGUCAGCCCACAAACAUUAGCUCCAGGAAAAAAAGAUGAAACUCCAGCUCCUCCUUUAUGGUGAAACUUUGAAGUCAUUUACAUUUCUGGACCUUGAACAGAACAGAGGGAGAUUCCCUAACACAUGUCCUGUGAAAUGGUUCUCAGACUCUAUCUUUCAGUAGUCGGUUCUGUCAUUUCCCCCUCAGACUUGGCUGCUUUUGAGUUUUAUUCACCCCUUGUUUUAACAAGACAAGUCUUUAAACAGGUCUUAAGACUGAUCACAAGAGGAUUGACCUUUCAGCAAAGCCAAGAGUCAGCUUUGAAAGAUGCAUGGGUCUGUUUGGGCCAUCCUGACAGACAUGUUAACGUAGUUAGAGGUGCAGUGAGCGGUGGGAAUUUCUGCGAUGAUGUUAAAUUAGAUCAAACAGGGCUUGCCUGACCUAAUGUGCCCACAGCCUUUGUGCAAAAACAAUACAGUCAAAACAUGACUGAUGGCAAACUGAAGCUUUUUUGAGGAAGGCAUGUGUACAGGUAGUUUUUUUAUUUUUAUUUUUUUUUACUCAUUGGUAACUGUAGCAUCUACCUUUUUCAACCUUUAUUAGCAGGUUUGGUAGGGAAAAAGUUAAAAGGUUGUACAUUCAUUUUUAUUUCUAUGGACACAUCUGUUUGUCAAAAAAGAACAGAGCACAGAAUAGACUCUAGAGAAACAAAGAAUACAGGAUUGCUGCUGAGGCAUAAAAACGAGCACUUUGAGAGAAGUGUUUUACAUUCCAUGUGCAUGUGAAGGGCUAAAGCGCAGACCUGGGCUAAAUACUAGUGGUACCAUCACACUAUGUUGUUCCAAAAUUUCUGUAAACUCCUUUUAUUUCUUUAAAGGUUUCAUAUCAUGCUUUUUUAAACUUCUGAGAGCAAAGGUAGGCACAAUAUAUAUUAAAAUAUUACCGCUGGCACUACUGAGAUGUCAUUUAUCUUAAAUAUGAGUUAUUUUUGUCAGCCUGAAUUUAUACCUGAAAAAAUAUGCUUAAUUUCAGUGAGCAGUUAUUUAUUUAGCCAGUUGAAAGCAGAUUUCAUGUUUUUAUAUUUUAGUUUUAUUGAUUUUUUUAGCUAUUGAAACAAAUGGAUUAUCAUCAACACCUCAUACACAGUUUCUGCACAGUCAGUUACCUUUAGGAAACUGAAACCGUGCGGCCCAAUCGCAAUAUUAGAUUGCUGUCAGCCAUUAAGUUUUUGCCAACAACACUGUUGAGUUUGAAAGGAAACAAAGACUUUAUGGAAUUUGCUGUGACAUUCUAUAUUCCAGUCUUUUUGUAAGACCAACAACUUCAACCAUUUAUCAUGAAAACGUGGCUAAAGAGUGAAAUCAUUCAAACAAAAUUUCCCUGAUUGGCAGUUUGAGAAAUCUAAACAUCUCUUAAUAGUAAGAGUGGUUUAUUUCUCCAUAGUAUAUCGUAAAACAAAGAUAACUUAAAAAUAAAUAUAUUUUAUUGAUUUCAUAUUUUUAAGUGGAAAAACCUACUUGAAUUCCAAUCUCAUAAGAGAAAAUGAAUGUCAAGGGCAAAGGAUUGUAUCAACAAUUUAUAAAUAAUAAUUAUCUCAUGUUGUUAACGACUCCAAAGGCUUUGGGAGCUGAUUGUUGUUAGAAAUGUUAAAGGGCGUCCCUCUCCAGCAUUGGUUGGUGUCUGAACAGGUCACCAGUCUAUCACAAACCUCACAAUUUUCAGACAUGCAAUUUAGAACCACCAAGUAAUAUACUGACCAGCCCUAAAAAGUCCUCACCCAAAAGAGAUCACACACUAAUGCGUUGGACAGUUCUUAACCCAGUUUUAGUAACUUCUGCAAUCUCUUUAGAUGUUUUCUCUGCUGUAUGCAUGCCAAUGAUCUUACCCUUCUCAAACGGACUAACAUCUUUUCCACGACCACCAGAUGUGUCUUUCCACAUGGUUGUUAAGAAAUGAGAAGCAACUCAUUGCACCAAUUUGGGUUAAAUAUCUUGUGGCCAGCUGAAAGCUAAUCGCCCAUGCAGUAAUUAACCAAUAGGAAGCUUGUAACUAUAGACCCAUUGCAGCAUGGCGUCACACGCCCACACCCCUGCCCCCCAUCCACAAGCUGGAGGGCAAGAAGAUGGCGCCUCCCCGUUGACCAAAGUUGUUUAUUUGUUAGUUGUCAGUGAACAGAGCUUAAUAGAGGCAAAAUUAAAUCUAUCACUAUGGUUAACACAUGUAUAGUGCUGUAGGCUGCACAAGUAGACGAAAGGUCAGUAAAGUUACAUUUUAUAGGUUUCCAGCUGAUAAAAUAUGCUGAAGACAGUGAUUAAUGGCAAAUUCUAGCAGAUCCAGUAGUGGGGGAGAGAUGUGCAGCAGAUCAGUCCUGAGAAGUAAAUGUGUGUAAAAGUGACAAUGGUGUGUAUGUAACAGUCUUGUUAUAAUAAUUACACAAAAUGGGUUGUGUAACUGGAGUCGGCAGCCACUGAUGUCGUUUGUUUCUGUUUACGUUAGUCAUCAGAAUAAAGCAUCUGUUGAUCUCCAAUUAACGAGCAGUGGCACUGCGAUCGUCCAGCAUUAACCCGCAAAACGUAGAAAAGAUCCAAUAACUCCUUCGAUUCAGCUGUGAGAGGUCCGGAUGGCCGGUUCUGAGGACUGUCGUCUCACAGCUAGCUAGCAAGCUAUUUCAAAUGCGCCUGGAAGCUUUUGUGCAAAACAGAUGUUUUUUUCUUCAUUUGCACAAAGAUGUGUUAGAUGAUCUAAAGUAGUAAUACCUAAAUCCUUGGGUUUUAUUUUGUUAGCUUAAAUUGCACAUAUACAGCUCAGGAUGGCUGGAAACUGUAUUCUUGCCCUCCAGGUUGUGUGGAUGUGCACAGUUACCCAGAUGUAAACAAUAACAUGCAAUGGGUCUAUUUGCUUACCUAAAUCCAGAUGGCUGGACAGUGUAUAAUCUACAUGUUCUUGAUCUGAUCAAAUAUUUGACCCAGGUCUGCUUGAGUGUAGCACGUUAUCCUAAACCAGUAUGGGAAGCAAUGUGUUCUAAACCAAUGUGGUGUGUCAUGUUGACCGCCUGUUGUUUUGAAAAAUAGUGAUUCCUCAUUGUAUGAUCCAGUUUUUGUCACAACCCUAAACGACUCAACCAGGUAGACCUCAGGUGGACAUAUGCACUCACCGUGAACAUCAAUUAUUACACUAUAGGAUCACACAGACAAAAGAACAAAAAACAAACAAUGCAUCAAAACUCUGCAGGAUUUGGAGGUCGUUUCAAAAUGAAGCAGAACCUCGACUGACAUUUCCUGAUUAAUCCUUGUUGCCCUUAUUUAAAUUAAUAAAUCACUUAACCUCCCUUCUACAAUGAAGCUGGAUCACUGAAUGAGUUUUGAGCAACGCUGUUUGAGAUAUGCAAUAUGCUGCAGUAUGAUUAUGUACAGUUAGAUGUAUGAGGUAGGCAAUAUGGGGAGAAUAUAUUUAUGAAAUUAUAUAUGAGAAUAAAAUGUCACCAACAUUCAGAGGUCACUGAAAGGUCAAAUGUGUAUUCAUGUAUUCCAAAUUGUGUGUAUGUGUGUUUUUUUUCUUCAUUUAAUCUGAUUUUCUUUACCAAAAUGCAUGUGCUUUUUAUUUUCUUUUCUUUAUGUCAAUCUUGUGUCAUAAAAAUGAGAUAGCUUUUCAACCA